AUGGCUGGGCUGGGUGGUGGGAGACAUCUAUGGGAGCGCUGCACCGCUCUGUCGAAAAGCCGGGAGGCUGGAUAUAACCUGCCUUGCUCCUCACCUUGCGAGUUCAAUUCCUUUUGGUUGACCCUGGAGGCUGAGGAUCUGCUCGUUUCCUCGGGCGCUUUGCCAAUGAUCGUCUUGCUAAUUGUGUCAUAA